AUGGAUUUACUUCUUUUCAUUUUUUUUUUAAUAUUAUUUUAUUACUCGGUUAAAUAUUAUAAAGCAGAUAAUCAAAAUUCAUUAAGUUUAUCAGGACCUACACCAGUACCAAUUUUAGGAAACAUUCACCAGGUUGGAAAGGAUGCACAUUUAACUAUACCUAUUAUUAGUAAAAAAUAUCAUGGAAUAUUUAGAAUGUGGCUCGGAGGGACGUACUAUGUUGUAGUUAGUGAUUAUAAAUUAAUUAGAGAGAUGUAUAUUGAAAAUUUUGAAAAUUUUAAAAAUAGAAUCGCAACAUUUAAAACAAUGACAGGAGAUGAUAGUCGUGGAAUUAUAGGUUGUAAUGGUGAUAUUUGGGAUAGCAAUAAAGAAUUAAUUAUGAAAUCAUAUAAAAAAGUAUUAAAUAAGGAUAUGAAUGACUUCAUUCUAUUAAAAUCAAAGGAACUUUUUAAUUUCUUUGAAAAAAAUGGUAUAAAAAAUGAAGAAGAAGAAGAUGAUGAUGAUGAUGGAAAUAAAUCAAUUAUUAUUAAUAAUACAAGAUUUUAUUUUCAAAGUUUAACAUUAACAGUAAUGUUUAAAAUGAUUUUUAAUGAAAAUAAAUCAUUUCAAUUAUAUUCAGAUUCAACAGAAUUCAAAUUAAUAUUUAAAACAAUAUUAAAUUUAUUAAAUUCAUUAAAUGUAUAUAAUGUAAUUUAUGACUUUCUUGGAAUUUUUCAACCAAUUUUAUUAAAAUUUACAAAAAUUUUAGAUAAAAAUUCUUUUCUUUCAAAAAUUGCCACUGAAAAAUUUAAUAGUAGAAUUAAAGAAAUUGAUUUCACAAGUGAUGAUUUUAAAGCAAAUGAUUUAUUAGAUUCUUUAAUUAUGACAAUCAAUGAAGAUGAAAAUGGUUUAAAUGAAAAACAAAUUGAAAAUAUUAAAAGUAUAUGUAUUGAUUUUUUAAUGGCAGGUACAGAUACAACCGGUUCUACUAUAGAAUGGAUUAUUUUAAAAUUAGUAAAUAAUCCAGAAUUUCAAGAACUUAUUUUCCAAGAAUUAAAAAAAUUAAAUAAAUCAGAAAUAACUGCAAAUGAUAAAAUCAAUACUCCAUUUCUUAAUUCAUUUAUAAAAGAAACUAAUAGAUUAUAUCCAAUUGCACCAUUAUCACUACCAAGAAAAUCAAUAAAUGAAAUGAUAAUUGGUGAUAAUAAAUAUUAUAUUCCUGCAAAUACUAAUAUUUUGAUGGAUGUUAAAGGGUUUUCUUUAGAUGAAAAUAAUUAUAAAGAUCCAAAUGAAUUUAAACCAGAUAGAUUUUUAAAUUCAAAAGUUUCAGAUACUUUAAACUUUGGAAUUGGACCAAGAAAUUGUAUUGGCCAAACAAUUGCAAUGAAUCAAAUUCAUAUAUUUCUUUCAAAUUUAAUAUUAAAUUAUCGAAUGUUCUCCAUUGAUUGUUUACCAUUACCAGAAAAUCUAAUUUUAAGUGUUAGUGUAAGACCAACUGAAUAUUCAUUGAAAUUAAUUAAAAGAGUUUAA